AUGGCAUCCAUCUACGUCAAAGGUACCAGAGUAUGGCUCCCCGAUUCUCUCACCGGCUGGACCCCAGGGACGGUAGCUUCUCUCACCUUACCCCCAGAUGGCGCGUCCAGCUCCCAGGUGACAUUGGUGGUCAACUACGAUGAACCGGGAGAUGAAGCCAGCGCGACAUUCAAAUUCCCUCUUUCGGUUCUCGAGGCGGCAGCCAAUGGUGGCAUCAACAAUGUUCAACCGAUCACACCGCCCCCAGGCCAGGACAUGUUACCACCUCUGAGGAAUCCGCCUUUAUUGGAAAGUUCGGAAGAUCUGGCCAGUUUAAGUAACUUAAAUGAGCCCAGUGUUCUCCACGCCAUCGCUACAAGGUACGAACAACGAUUACCUUAUACAUAUUCGGGUAUUGUGCUGGUCGCUCUAAAUCCAUUCAGUCCUCUGUCCAUCUAUGGCCCGGAGAUCAUACAGGCUUACUCUGGUCGACGAAAGGGAGAGUUGGAACCUCACUUAUUCGCCAUCGCCGAGGAAGCAUUAGACUGCAUGCGAAGGGGAUCAGGCAAUGGUGGUACAGAUCCUACGGGCGCGGGAGAUCAGACUAUCGUUGUCAGCGGAGAGAGUGGAGCAGGCAAAACAGUCUCUGCCAAAUUCAUCCUCCGAUACUUUGCCUCGGUCGAUGAUCCCAGCAAGCCUCCGUCCAACGCCCGAAGGCGAGUGACGGAUGGAUCCGGAGGUGAAGAGGAAGGUCUGAGUGAAGUCGAAAGGCAGAUUCUCGCAAGUAAUCCAAUUAUGGAAGCUUUUGGGAAUGCCAAGACUACUAGGAAUGACAACUCUUCCCGAUUUGGAAAGUAUAUCGAGGUCUUGUUCGAUAAUCAACAUGAAAUUGUCGGCGCUCGGAUACGUACCUACCUUCUAGAACGUUCACGCUUGGUCUAUCAACCAGAAUCCGAACGCAACUACCACAUCUUCUACCAACUUCUCGCCGGCGCCCCUCACAAAGAGCGCAAGGACCUCUCUUUGUCGUCGACCCAUAUGGACUUUGCCUAUCUUGCCGGCGGAGGUCCAGCCGCGGUCCACAUUCAAGGCGUAGACGAUGCCAAGGACUUCCGUGAUACUCAAACAGCGUUAUCGACAGUUGGAAUUUCAGUGGAGAGGCAAUGGCAGAUAUUCCGUCUCCUGGCUGCGCUUCUACAUCUAGGUAACAUCAAGAUCACCCAAGCUCGAACCGAAGCGGUCAUCGCGGAUGAUGACUCAGCUUUGGGUAUCGCGACGACGCUGUUGGGACUACCAGUGUCAGACUUCAAGAAAUGGACUAUCAAGAAACAGCUUACUACUAGAAGCGAGAAAAUCGUGACGAGCUUGGGAUCAGCCCAAGCGUCGGUGGUCAGAGAUUCUGUGGCCAAGUUCGUGUAUUCCUGUCUCUUUGAUUGGCUCGUCGGUGUGGUCAAUGAGUCUUUGACUGGUGAAGGGGGCUCAGGAGCUCAACGAGCGACCAAGUUCAUCGGAGUGCUUGAUAUCUACGGUUUCGAGCACUUCAAGAAGAAUUCGUUCGAGCAAUUUUGCAUCAACUGGGCGAAUGAGAAGUUGCAGCAGGAGUUCAACGCUCAUGUGUUCAAGCUGGAACAGGAAGAAUACAUGCGGGAAGAGAUCAAAUGGCAAUUCAUCGACUUUGCGGAUAACCAAGCUUGUAUCGACGUGAUCGAGGGCAAGAUGGGUAUCUUGACGCUUCUCGACGAAGAAUCCCGUCUACCAGCUGGUGCCGACGCCUCCUUCGCCAACAAACUGCACCAACAAUUGUCAAAGCCUGAACACAAGGAAGUGUUCAAAAAGCCCCGUUUCAAUCAGAACGCUUUCACGAUUGCCCAUUAUGCCCAUGAUGUGGUUUACGACGUGGAUGGAUUCAUCGACAAGAAUAGGGACACUGUGCCUGAUGAGCAUCUAGCCCUUCUUCAAGAGUCAUCCAACGAGUUCCUCCGUGAGGUCCUGGACGCUGCGUUGUCGGCGGCAAACAUCUCGAAGGCCAAUGGCGAUGCAAAAACCGCUACAGGGGGGAGUGCAAUUGUACCCGGCAAGAAAGGAGGGGCAGCCGCACGUAAACCGACCUUAGGUUCUAUCUUCAAGCACUCGUUGACAAGUCUGAUGGAGACGAUUAACAACACGAACGUCCACUACAUCAGAUGUAUCAAGCCCAACGAGAUGAAGAAGGCGUGGGUGUUGGAUCCUCAACAGGUCUUAAGUCAGUUGAGGGCGUGUGGUGUUCUGGAGACUAUUCGGAUCAGUUGCGCUGGCUAUCCUUCGAGAUGGACGUUUGAAGAGUUCGCUGAGCGUUAUUACAUGCUCGUGUCGUCGAAGGAAUGGACUUCCGACACUGAUGUCAAGACCCUGUGCUCACUUAUCCUCUCCACCACGCUCAAGGAAGAGGACAAGUACCAGAUUGGUCUCACCAAAAUCUUCUUCCGGGCCGGUAUGCUCGCCUUUUUGGAAGGUCUCCGUACGCAGCGAUUGAAUGAACUUGUCACUCUUGUGCAGAAAAACGUCCGCCGGCGUAUUGCGUACAAGCAGUACCAAAACCUGCGGAAAUCGACUAUCAAAAUCCAGACGUGGUGGCGAGGUGUACUGGCCAGGAGAUUUGUCGAGGCUUUGAGGAAGGAGACCGCGGCCAUUAGGAUCCAGCGGGUCGCGAGGGGCCAUAUGGCCAGAAAGAAGUAUAACGGUCUGCGUAAUGCUGUCAUUGCUAUACAAGCGGCCAUACGGGGAUAUCUGGCGAGAAAGAGGGCGUCAGAGGAAAAGACUUAUGUCGCAGCUCUGACGCUACAGAGCAUGUUCAGGGGAUUGGCAUCAAGACGACGAAGUCAGGCGGAGACAAGAAAAGUGGUUGUACUCCAGAACCUAUGGCGGAGAAAGCUCGCGGUCAAGGAGCUUCGUGGUCUCAAAGCUGAAGCCAAGUCUGCUUCCAAGUUCAAGGAAAUUUCGUACCAGUUGGAGAAUAAGGUGGUCGAGCUUACUCAGACACUGCAAAAGAGAGUUGCGGAAAACAAAGAGUUGUCGUCGAAGGUGUCGAUACUCGAGAGUCAAUUGUCCAUGUGGCAAGGCAAGCACGACGAUGCCCACGCGCGAUCGAAGCAGUUGGAGGAAGAGCUGGCCAAGCCUACUGUCCCUGCGUCGCAGUUCGAACAGCUUGCCGCUGCCAAAGCGGAGACUGAUGAGAAGAUCCGACAAGCAUCAAAGCGAGUACAAGAGCAUGAGGCUGAGAUCAAUCGAUUGACUGCUGAGUUGGAAGAGCAAGCGAAGAUGAUGGAGGAGAGACAAUAUGCGGUAGAUUCUGCGGUGGAGAGGGAGAGAGAAUCAGCAUCUGCCGUGGCGAUUUUACGAAGUGAGGUGAAUACCCUGCGAGAACAAAUAUCAAGGAACAACGCUUUACAAGCUCUCACGAAGAAUCAACGAGAACCACCUCCUUCACCCACCGCACCGAAUGGUUUUAGAACGUAUGAGAAUGUGGCUACGGAUCGUACACCUUCAAAUUCCAGACGUAGACCCAGACGUCAUUCUAUCACUGGACCUCGACAUGCGCGCAAUAUGUCCAUAGAAGAUGACAUACCAGAUCUCAAACGUGCUCCUAAUCCACGAGCAGUUUCCGUCAUGUUACCGCCUAACGGUGCCAACGGACUUCCCAGAGUACGAGAUUCCAAUGGAUUACCAACUCUGUCAGACAAUGCGACCGACGAAGUCAUUCGGAUUCUGGAAGAUGUCGAGGGGUUGGAUCAAGACGUUCUCCAAGGACUCAUUUACCAGCUCAAAUUACCCUCUCCAUACCUUCAUAAUCCCCCACUGGCCAAGGAGAUCAUCUUCCCAGCUCAUCUUAUAUCGUUGGUGACGAACGAAAUGUGGAAAUUAUGUAUGAUCCGAGAAAGUGAAAGAUUCCUCGCCGACGUCAUGCAAGCUAUCCAAACUCACGUCAUGUCCUUCAAAGGUGAAGAAGUCAUCGCACCUGGGAUAUUCUGGUUAUCAAACGUCCAUGAAAUCCUCUCUUUCGUCAAUGUAGCAGAAGCGGAUGCUGCUCAAGGUAUCGGCCCUGGCUCAGAGGAGAAUGGUAGGGAAUUAGAUUGGGACGCAUAUGAACGUUUGGUGUCUUUUGUCAAACAUGAUUUGGAUAGUUUGGAAUACAAUCUUUAUCAUACUUGGAUGUUGGAAACUAAAAAGAGAUUGACUAAAAUGGUCAUACCCGCUUUGAUCGAGAGUCAAUCUUUACCAGGUUUUAUCACUACGGAUGGAAGAGGUCAAAUGUUUUCAAGAAUGCUCAAUAGCAUGGCUAGCACACAUCAACCUACUGCAACAAUGGAUGAUAUUGUCAAUGUACUCAAUGUUGUUUGGAAAUGUUUGAAGAGUUAUUACAUGGAAGAAAGUGUUAUGCAACAGGUGGUCAUGGAGUUGCUCAAGUUGAUAGGACAAGUGGCUUUCAAUGAUUUGAUCAUGAGACGGAAUUUCUGUUCGUGGAAGAGGGCGAUGCAAAUCCAAUAUAACAUCACUCGGAUAGAAGAAUGGUGUAAAGCCCAUGAUAUGCCAGAAGGUUUAUUACAACUUGAACAUCUCAUGCAAGCUACAAAGUUACUACAACUCAAAAAGGCAACAAUGGGAGAUAUCGAAAUCCUAUUCGACGUCUGUUGGAUACUUUCACCAUCACAAAUCCAAAAACUCAUAAGUCAAUAUCAUAACGCAGAUUAUGAAGCUCCCAUUUCCAAUGAGAUUCUUAAAGCUGUAGCUGCAAGAGUCAAACCGGAUGAUAAAGGUGAUACUUUAUUAUUAACACCUGAAGCGGAUGAAGUUGGACCUUAUCAAUUACCCCCCCCUCGUGAAGUCCCAGGGUUAGAGACUUACGUUCCCGCUUGGCUCAACGUCCCCCUCGUCAGAAGAUUAGCAACUUUUGUCGCAUAA